UAACAGAGAUUUCUCUUUCUGUAGUAAACCAAACGGAGGCAAAGAGGAGACUGCUUUAAUUUAGAGACAUGGGGGCUUUGAUAUCUCGGUGGAAGGCAAAGCCAACCACAGUUGAGCAGCUGGAGAACUUGGACAAGGACAUUAAAGAUCUGGAGGAGUUUCGAGCCAAAAACCAGCGUUUGCAGAAGCUGUGGGUCGGUCGAUUGCUUUUCUACUCGUCAGUCCUUUACCUGCUCACCUCAGUUCGUGUCUACUGGCUCUACCUGCCUGAACAAUGGUUGCACAGACUAGCCAUGGCCCUGCCUUUCUUCAUAUACCCUGUGCUAGUAUGGUUCAUCAGGAAGUUACUGAUUUUCCUCUUUUCCAAACGCACUGAGAGAAACAAUGAUAAGCUAGAAGAUUUAAAGGCUGCCAAGAAAAAGAUUCUGGAGGAAGUGAUGGAAACAGAGACGUAUAAAAAUGCCAAACUCAUCUUGGAGCGCUUUGAUCCAGAAGCUAAGAGGAAAGCUGAGCUGGAGUCAACUCCGGUGCGUCCUCAGAUGACUCCCAGGCCAGGACAAGAGAUUCGACAAAGAGGGGUGGCAAUGAAACCCAUGCCAAUGGGCACCCCGGCUGCCAUGGCAAUGACACCCCUACCUGGAGCAAGACCCCCAUCAGGACCAGGGGGCACACCUGUGGAACCUGUCCCUCUCUCAGCUCCAGGAGGACCACCGGAGAGAUCUGCUCUGUCUGCCUCAGUUCUCCAGGGAGCAAUACCCAGGACCCCCUGCUCCCCUAUACCAGGUGUAGGUAUGCAUCCCCCAGGUCCUCCAUUAGCAAGACCCAUUCUGCCCAAAGACAGGGGAGCUGUGGAUCGAGUCAUUGAGUACUUGGUAGGCGAUGGGCCACAGAACAGAUAUGCAUUGAUCUGCCAACAGUGUUUUUCUCACAACGGCAUGGCUCUGAAAGAAGAGUUUGAAUACCUGGCAUUUCGUUGUGCGUACUGCUACUUCCUGAAUCCAGCCAGAAAGACACGUCCUCAGGCUCCGAGGCUACCAGAGUUCAGCUAUGAGAGGAGGCUGCGAGCAGAGUCACGUUCCCCUGGACCAACACUACGUUCUGGGACAGACACAGAGGAGAGCGCGCCCCCCUCUGGAGCCAAGGCUCCGGCUCCGUGGAAUUUGGUCCACAGUUUCUCCAGUUUCCAGAUGCAGCAGAGUCCAAAGAACCCUCAGACCCGACCUCUGCAGAGUCCAGAUGAGAAAGAGAUUGGAGAGGACGAAACACCCACUAAAGAAGUCGAGAGUGAGAGCCAAUCAGAGGAGCAGCAGCAUCAGGAGGCAGAAGAAGAAGUGGUUCAGGAGGAGGAGGUAGAGGAGAAAUUGGAGCAGAGUCAUGGCGCCCCCAGUGAGACAGAUUCACAGCCAUCAUAGCUGCAGAAAGUCCAGAAGACGUCCAGUGACGUCUGGUCACACUGUCCAAACAGAAAGUAUUGGUAUUGGCCAUGAUAGACAGGUGGCAUUUUAAAGCAAUAUAGAUGGACAAAGGUGAUGAAUGAUAUCUGUCCUCCUCAGAACCAAAAACGUAACUAACUUCUGUUGUGUUUUAAUGUACAGCUUUUAGUUUCCAUCAUUUUUUUUGUCAUCAUCAUCACCAUCAAAAGACCAUCAUACUAAGACAACAUACCUUGAUGAGAUUAUGGAGAUGAUGCACUCUGUAAAUGGUGUGUAUUCUUAAUGAAAAACAUAAUGGGAUAUGAGUUCGGCAGAUUUAAUAUUUAAAUUGUCCAAAAAUAUUGCUUAAAAUGAUGCCAACAUAUCAUGGUGUUGUCAGUUUGUAGGUGUAGGUGUUUGAAGGUGUCAGAUUGAUGAUUGUAGUUUUAAUCCUAAAGCUGUUUCUUGAUAGAGUAGUUGGCUGCUGAUAUUGCUCUAUCUGUGGUAACUUACACAAUGACUUAGUUAAAUAUUUUAAGAUUCACACAGUUUUUCUUUGUUUUUAGUAUAGCUGCUGGAUGAUUCAUUAAUGAAAAGUGUUAAGGUUUUAGAUAAAGCUGCUGGUUCACAAAGGGUUUGUCCUCAGAUGCAGCAAAAACAAAUUUUAAUUACUUCCCUGAUUUCAAUCAUUUAUUUUUUCACUCUGCAGGUCUAGUUUUGGCAUAUUUUACCAGGUGAUAUCUAGUUUAUUAUAAUGCAAAUCAUACAUGUUAUUUAUUGUUUUGUUGGGUAGGAAACAAAAAUGUCUCACUAUAGUUGGCUGGAAAAAAUAAGAUCAAACUGUGUAUUUUAAGACAAACCUUUAGUGAAUCAGGACCUCAUCAGUUGUGUUUACAGUGUAUGCAUACCAAACGUACGCAUACAAGUAUUUCAUUAUGUUUAAGGGUUCUGCUGUGGCUUUUUCCCUCUACUAGUUUUAAUCCUUUAUACAAGCUUUUAGCCUAAUAGUGGAACACCAAGGAAAACCUAGAUAUACUCACAUUUUACCAAACACUGAUGCAUGUUCAUAUUUUAUCAUGCUAAUUUGUGUUUUCCUCAUGAUGUUUUAGCAGCUUGUCUCAGAAAGUUGGUAUAUGGGAUAUGAACAAUUAUCCAGAAAACCACAGUGCAUUUAAACAGUUGUUGCACUCUCUAUUUGAACAAAGGUGUUGAUGUUGUUGGCCAAAAUAGAGGAAUAGACCAGGAUGUGUAGCAACACUUACAUCACUGGUAAAAGGAUGACACUAACCAGUGAAACCAGCUUGUGAGCUCUGACCAUUGUGUUAGCCACUCAUGCCUUUGUUUCCUUUUUGUUGUUGAGAAAGUUUGAUGUAGUCUAACUCUUUGGGGCCAAUGUCAUGUUAAAUGUCCUGUGUAAUGCUGCAGUUACCCAGCACACUGUACGCUGAACACUGUGCCCUACACAGUAACUGAACUCAGACCAGCUAUGUGUGUUUGGGAAGAGGCGCUUCUGUGUUAAGAGGCUGCUCUAGAUGCAGGGUAGAGACUAUUUUCACCAUCCACAGUACCCGUGCUGCUUUGUCAGUGAGAUCUCCUGAUAGAAACAUGUGGACUCUACAGAUUUUGAUACUGAAUCAGACUUUAACAGAAAUAAUUUGACUCAUUAUUUUUGUUAUGUUGUUUUGCAGUAUAGAAAAAAUGAACCUCUACAAUUGUUUAAGUUGCUGGGUUUAUGAAGAUCUUUCUUUGAGACGGAGCCUGUCUACUAAGAUAACUUAUUAUCUUGAGGACAGCAUCAGUGUUGAUGAGCAACACUGACAAUGAAGCAUUUUCUGAAUAAACUGAACCUCUAAACAUUUGCAGGAGAAAAAAUAUAACAGAUUGGAGCUACAGCUGCCAUUCAUAGUUCUCUGUGUUUAUCAUUAGCCAAAUGCACUAUUGUUUUAUUUGAAUCUCCUGACAUCAUUUGCACUGAUUUUAUCUUUGUAUUUAUUUGGCCAUAUUGUGUUUUAAUGAGUAGUUCAGGUAUCGCUCCUCUGUUUUUAACAUUUAGACAUGGGAUAUUUAACUGCCAUGGUACUGUUGCAACUAUUUCAAAGUAUAGGCCUGGUUUGGGUUCUGUAGCCUCCAGGGUGCUUAACAUUAGCAUUCAUUGACAUACUGAAGUGUUUUAUUCUUUGUGCUUAUAUUGAUUAUAAGUGUUGUAAAUGUGUGCACUCACAGUAGGUACCUGGUGCCAUCCUAAUGCGUGCCUUGGUUGUUACUGGUAUAUUCAUUAGUUUACAGCGUAAUCUGCCCAAUGUCUAACUACUGUAGCAAUAUCAAAUUAAGAUGGUCCAUGGGUCCCUCGGUCACCACUUGCUCCAAGUGUUUUGGACAACAAUUUAUUCUGUUAUUAAAUGGACCCAGAGGAAGUGGUGAGUGUCUAUGCAAAUAUGAAUAUGUUGCAUCACCUGUGUUGUACAGGUUUGGUCCUAGAAACACACCUAGGCUAAGUGGGCAAAAUAUUCUUGUGGGACACACACACACUCAUAUAUAUACUGUAAAACUUUUAAAUUCCUUUUAAAGUUUUUCACAACUAUUCUGUUUGCAUUUCUUAUUAGUUGUUGACCUCUGCAAGCAGCCCAGAAUCAUUUGGCAUAAAAAUAGUUGUAAAGUUUUGGACGAGUCUUCUGGUUGUGAAGAGACUUCAUGUUGAGAAGAGACCACUCUAUGAAUUGAAAGUUGCCUGACACCAAGCCCUGACCACAGCUUGACAUUUUAAUUUUGUUCCAUUAUUUCCCUGCAGCAGGCAGCUGUGUUUCCAGAAGUUGCAAAACGUUGCAUCAUGGUACCUGUACCAGCGUACUGAUUUGUUGUUAGCUGAAGGCUACCAGUGUUAACAAGCUUUUUAUCCCCAAUAAUACUGCUGAUGAUGAAAAAAUUUUAAACACGAAGCUGUCACUUAAAUAUAUGAAAAAACUCCUCAGACCCUCAACAGAAUGUGUCACACAUUGACAUGUGUAGCACCUGGUGACUUUGUAUUUGCAUUUUACUUUUUUCUGCUACAUUUAUCAGAUACAUUUCUGCCAAUGCUGGUUGUCAAGUGUGCGCAUGGCACGUUUAAUAAAGUUUUUUUUUUUAACAACAAUGUAAGGCAAUAGUUGUGCUGUUGUGGUUCCCCAUGUGCUACUAAUUUAUAGGCCUCAUUAAUGAUAGGGAAUAAGAUGGUUAUGUAAAAAAUGUAAGGUUCAAAGAUAUGUCAGUGAAGUCUGAGCUUUGGAUAACAAAUCUGCCGCAAAAAUAAAUAAAGAUAAAAUGGCAUAAACUAA